AAGCCUCUGCUCAUAACCCCCUCUUUUAUUUCUUCCUUCCAACAAUUCUCUCUUAUAUUUACACAAACAUAGCCAGUUCACAGUCCACCAAUCAAUCCUCUCUAAAUACAACUACUCAUUUCUCUCAUUGGGAUUUCCCCCUUACAUAUACCUGCUGACACUGACAGCCUUUCCAUUACCAUCUCUUCCCCUUUUCUUUCUUUAUUUCCCACCUUGUAUAACUGUCACCAUUCUUCUACUACUACAUACAUACUACUACUUCCAAUGAAUCCAAUAUAUACCCACCAAUCAAUUUUGUUUCUUUUUUCUUGGGUCUAGUCUUUUCUUCUUUUUCCAUUCUAUUUUGGAUUUAGUGAAAUCUUGAUUUUUUUUUUUUUUGAUCAAUGUUGCUGCUGUAAAAUUAGGAGCUUUACCCCAUUCUUGAACUACAUACUACUACUGAUGAAAACAAUACAUACCCAUCAAUCAAUUUUGUUUCUUUUGUCUUGGGUAUAGUUCUUUUUUCCAUUCUAUUUUGGAUCUAGGGAAAUCUUGAUUUUCUUUUUUUGAUCAAUGGAUAUGGAAGGUGCUACUGAUGGAACUGUAAAAUUAGGAGCUUUACCGAUGAAGCCUGAUCGGGUGUUCAAUAAUUUGGAACCUGAAUUUACUGUUUCUUCACCAGUUACACGUCAGAAAGCUGCUGCUGCUAAACAGUUUAUUGAGAAUCAUUACAAGAAUUACCUUCAAGGAUUGCAAGAUCGUAAAGAAAGGAGAUGGGCGUUGCAGAGGAGGGCUCAAGAAGCACAAGUACCUAGUGAGGAGCAAGAAAAGAUGCUUAGGAAUUUGGAGAAAAGGGAGACUGAAUAUAUGAGAUUGCAGAGGCAUAAAGUUGGGAUUGAUGACUUUGAACAAUUGACUGUUAUUGGUAAAGGCGCCUUUGGUGAGGUUAGGUUGUGUAGAUUCAAAAGUACUGGAGAAAUCUUUGCCAUGAAGAAAUUGAAGAAAUCAGACAUGCUUAGCCGUGGACAGGUUGAGCACGUCAGAUCUGAGAGGAAUUUGCUUGUGGAAGUUGAUAGUCGGUGCAUAGUGAAGCUCUUCUAUUCUUUCCAAGACUCGGAUUUCUUGUACCUUAUAAUGGAAUAUUUGCCUGGUGGUGACAUUAUGACCUUACUGAUGAGAGAAGAUGUUCUUUCUGAAGAUGUCGCACGGUUCUACAUUGCUGAGAGUAUUUUGGCUAUUCAGUCUAUUCAUCAGCACAAUUAUGUACAUAGGGACAUAAAACCAGAUAACCUUAUACUGGAUAGAAAUGGCCACUUAAAGCUUUCAGAUUUUGGCUUAUGUAAACCCCUGGAAAAUAAAUACUCAUCAAUAUUAUUGGAAGAUGAAGACCUUACUAAUGCGGAGUCCAUUAACGGGUCUGAAGGGCAAUCUGGUGGUGAUAGAGCUUCAUGGCCAAUGCCAAAAGAACAAAUACAGCAGUGGAAACGCAACCGACGUGCCUUGGCAUAUUCUACUGUUGGAACUCUUGAUUACAUGGCACCAGAAAUUCUGUUGAAAAAAGGAUAUGGAAUUGAAUGUGAUUGGUGGUCAUUGGGGGCAAUCCUGUAUGAGAUGCUUGUUGGGUAUCCUCCCUUCUGUUCAGAGCAUCCAAGAAUGACUGCACGCAAGAUAAUUAGUUGGAGAACAUGCUUGAAAUUCCCAGAUGAACCAAAAGUAUCAGAUGAGGCUAAGGAUCUGAUCUGUCGUUUAUUGUGUGAUGUUGAAUCAAGAUUAGGGACCGGAGGAGUGGAUGAAAUAAAGGCUCAUCCUUGGUUCAAAGGAAUCAACUGGGACAUGCUUUAUGAAAUGGAGGCUGCCUAUAAACCUGUCGUUACCGGAGAGUUAGAUACUCAAAAUUUUGAGAAGUUUCCUGAGGUAGAAGAUCCUUCAUCAACAACACCAAGAGUUGGACCCUGGAGAAAGAUGCUGACAUCAAAAGAUUCCAAUUUUAUUGGAUUUACUUUCAAGAAAUCAGAUAUCCUCAAAUCAGCUGAAACUUCAGGUAUAGAUAUGAGUUCCAAUGGACAUUCAAGGCCUCCCUCAUUAGUAUCCUUAUUUGGUCGGAUAGACUUGCAAGAUACAAUAGAAGAGGACCAGAAAGGGGAACAACAGAUUUUAUGAGUCCAACUGCUUGUCCAUUCUAACAAGAAGCGGCAAAUUUCUUUUGUACAAAAAGAGAAUAAACUAUAAGCUUUGUGUUCUGCAUGGUUUUGAGUUUUUGCCUUCUCCACUUUUAGUCUUUACUAAUUCUUAUUGUAAAUACACUAUGACAUACAUUCCUUGAUUUCUAUCCGAUUGAAUUAAUAGGGAAUUGCCAGUUUUGCUAA